CCAUUUAUCAAACUCACAAUGCAAUUAAAACUCAAACUCUUCAUCACAUAUAUUAGGUUUUCUGUCUUUUUCUUUCUUUUUGUUGAGGUUGUAUGGUUUUGUUUUGAUUCGGGAUGACUAUCCUUGUUCAGCAGCCUGAGUUUGGAGUGGAGGCAGAGGAAACAAAGGUCCCUACUGACGAGAAAGACUUGGUGUUGGACGGUGGAUUUGUUGUGCCACAGAUCAAUUCAUUUGGCCAAACCUUUAGGGACUAUGAUGCUGAAAGUCAGAGACAAGAAGGCGUGGAAAGCUUCUACAGAACUAAUCACAUUAACCAGACUUAUGGAUUUGUGAAAAAGAUGAGGGAAGAGUAUGGCAAAUUAGACAGGGUGGAGAUGAGCAUAUGGGAAUGUUGUGAACUUCUCAACGAAGUUGUUGAUGAGAGUGAUCCGGACUUGGACGAGCCCCAAAUCGAGCACUUGUUGCAAACGGCUGAAGCAAUUAGAAAGGACUAUCCCAAUGAUGAUUGGCUGCACCUAACUGGCCUUAUUCAUGACCUUGGGAAGGUACUUCUUCUUCCUCGCUUUGGGGAACUUCCUCAAUGGGCUGUUGUAGGUGACACAUUCCCAGUUGGCUGUUCUUUUGAUGAAUCAGUUGUCCAUCACAAGUAUUUCAAGGAAAAUCCAGACUACAGCAAUCCGGCUUACAACACUAAAUGUGGAGUUUAUGCUGAGGGCUGUGGGCUCAACAACGUGAUGAUGUCAUGGGGACACGAUGACUACAUGUAUUUGGUGGCAAAGGAGAAUCAAACCACUCUACCUUCUGCAGCUCUUUUUAUCAUCAGAUAUCACUCAUUCUAUGCAUUACAUAGAUCAGAGGCAUAUAAGCACUUAAUGAAUGAGGAGGAUGCUGAGAAUCUGAAAUGGCUCCAGAUAUUCAACAAAUAUGACCUUUAUAGCAAGAGCAAGGUUCGGAUCGAUGUUGAAAAGGUUAAGCCAUACUAUCUUUCCCUCAUUGAAAAGUACUUCCCCUCGAAGCUAAAAUGGUGAAAACUCACUGGAUUUGAAGUUUGACGAAUCAUCGAGAUAUACAUCAGAGUGCUUGCCUGUUUUAUAGCUAGUUGUGGAAAAUGGUAAAUCAGAUGUCUUUCCUAGCUGUAGUUGACUAUUUCCUUUCUUUGAUGGUAGUGAUCACGUACGUAUUAAGCUUAAAGCUAUGUUUUGCGUGAAAUUUCAAUUCUCCCUCAUUUAAAUAAUGUUCUCUUGUAUUUCAAAGCUAUUCUGAGAGUUAGUAAGCAAUGAAAAUUGUAUGGCUUGUGUUGGGAUUGGUUUA